AAUUCUCCUCUCUCUCAAAAAAAAAAAAAGUAAAAUUCAAACCCUAAUUUCCAGAAUCUCCUCCAAAAACCCUAAUCUCUCUCUCCUUCUCCCAAAUCUCAAUUCAAUUCCUCUUUGAAACUCAGCUUCAAUCAACCUAUCAAUCUAUCAUGUCUAUCAAAUUCAAGUUCAGAAGCUCAGUGAAUUUCGAUUCUAUUGAUUUAGAAGAUUCACCAUCAGUAUCAGUCAGAGAUCUUAAAUCAAGAAUAAUUAAUCAAAGUAAAUUGAAGAUUUGUCAAGAUUUUGAUCUUGUUCUAUCUAAUGCCAUUACUGGACAAGAGUUUGAAGAUGAGGAAUUUCUUGUUGAAAGCGGUUCAAGUGUUAUAAUUAAGAGAGUACCAGUUGAUAGAGAUGCUAAUUCUGUUCGGCCAGCGGUUGAGAAUAUGGCAAAAAAACACUAUCCUUCUGUUCAUACUAAUGAACCGACUCUUCCGGCAGUGUGUGACAAGAACGUUGAAGUCGAAAACUUCGAUGACUUUGGGAUUGAUCUGUAUCCUGCUCCAGAGACACUUUUGUUGGACUCGGACCUCGAUGAUGAUAAAGUCAAUUGUACCAGCAGUGUACAUGCAGAUAAGGAAAUUCCUAGAUGCUCUGGUUCUGGUCCAUCAGGAGUGAAACAUCAAAAUAUUGAAAAAAGUGAUCCUAGUGAAGGUAUUCCGAAAGUGCAAGUAAUGUUAAAAUCUAAAAUGGAAGAGCAUAAGAAGUUGAACGAAGUGGUAGAUGAAAGAUCCUUAGCAAUACCUAAAGCUUAUCUACCAUCCGAGCUGAGAUGUUCUCUUUGCAACUUGAUAUUCAAAGAGGCUGUGAUGAUACCGUGCUGCCAACAUAGCUUUUGCGACAAAUGCAUUCGUUCUGUUUUGGAUGAAAAGGCAAGAUGUCCCAAGUGUUCUUCAACCAAAUGUAAAGUUGAAGAUUUGCUGCCGAAUGUCUCUCUAAGGCAGGCCAUUGAACAUUUUCUUGAGUCUCAAGGACUUAUGAGUGGUUCAGACAACAUAUUUCAAAAGUAUGCCCCAGAUGAAGCAUCUGGAAUACAAGCAAAAGAGUUCGGCUGUGUGGUGUCUAUUCAUCAACGAGACUCGCAGUUACCUCAUUCUCCAUCUGCUACUGGGAAAGGCUCCAAUCAAGUUAUGAGUGAAUCUGUGUAUGAAUCAACAUUCCGAAACAAUGGAUCUGCUGCCGGCAAAAGAUCAGCCUCGUCACUAAAAGCAGUACCAGAAAACUUCACACCUCUUGCUGAGUAUGAAGGGGAAAACCAGCCCUUAAAAGUUCCAGCAAAUCACCUGCAAAAUGAGGAAGCCAGGAGAAAGAAAAUGUGGCAUAACCCUGCAGAUGGAUCUGGAAAUUUUACAAGCACAGGCAAAUACAGAAAGGGUGAUCGUACUUGUUAUAUGUGUGGUUCUCCUGAUCAUUUCAUUAAAGACUGUCCAGUUUCUUCCAAUCAGUAUCCAAUGCUUCAGACAGGUAAUGCUGUGUACCAAGGAGGUAUGCCAGCUUAUGGGCCACCACCUUAUUGGAAUGGCCCCCAAUUUAGGCCCUUUCCAAAUGUUUAUGUGACUCCUGGCAUGAUGCCCUAUGGUUCCAAUAUGGUCCCAGUAAAUCCUUAUGCAGUUCAUUCAUAUAUGCCGUCAAUGUAUGCUGGCAUGCAAGCACCCUAUGGGGUUAUGGGGAUGGGAGGUUUGGCACCUCCGAUGGUGUCUGGUCCCACUGGGCGAGAACACCAUCUUAUGCGACCAGAUUAUAUGGAGUUUCAAAUUAAUGAACAGAAAAACAGACUCGUAAAGGAGCAUUUAGAGAGAGAGGAAGCGCAUGGUGGUGAUUAUUACCCAGACGACGGCUAUCCCCCCAUUAAGCCCCAACUUUCACAUGAAUAUAAACCUCAAUCAGAAAAGGAGAACCACUACAGUUACUCUGACGAAGACAUUGAUGUACAAAGAUCACAAAGGAAGCAUAUACGUGACAGACGUCUUGAUCAGGAGGGGAGCCUUAUCGAGCAAAGACAUGAGAAGGUAUCUCGUACCCCAGCAUCUGGAAGAGAUCAUUGGGUACGUAACUUCGAGGAAUCUAGUCCAGAUAUACAUGAAACAUCCAACAACUCUGUUCGCCACAAUAAAGACAGUAAACAUAAGCAUCACCAGAGAAAUUCUAAGACAGAACGAAGGGGUGACUGUGUUAGUGAUUCUGGCCGGAAAAGUCACCACCAUGAAAGCUCCAAAGAAGUUGCUACCAACAGAAAGAGGUCUGAGGCUGAUGCCAAAAGAUAUAGUCGGAAACAUCAUAGCCACACAAAUUCUGGCCAGGAACCUAGUUCAUCUGGAAGUUCCAAGAGACAUCGAAGAGAAAAAGAUUCGGCUCACAGUUCGAAGCAUCCCCGCCAUUUGAAAUCCAAAAAUGAUAAUGAAAGGUGGGAGAUGGUCGAUGGUUUGGAAGAAGACUGCAGGGAGGAUCACCAUCAUCGUUUACACCACAAGGACAUUCGAAGGAAACCAAAUGCCUGUUUUUCUACGGAUUCCACAUAAAUUAUAAGGUUUUGAUGAAUUUUACCACGUGAUGAAGCUUUCCUUUGCCAGAGAUUACUGAAGCUGGAGAUCACUUGAGGUAUGUUCUUUAUUGUUUGUUUCUCUUAAAUUCUUCCAACUCCCUACAUCUCUUGCUCUCUUAAGGGUCAAAGAAAUUCAGGGAGAAGGAAAUGAAAAUAAGAAAAGAAAAAUAAGGUUGGACAAGUUUCAGUUUUGGUUAUGAGAAUUGGUUUUGAAUAUGCCUGCUAAGAGUCCAACUUCCUGCUGGCUUUUUAUGAUUUUGCAAUCAGUCCUGAUCAUUUGGUAAAUGUAGAGUAGCCACAUCAAGUCUAGCGUAUCUUAAAGACACCAUAUUAGUGUAAUAUAAGGUAUCUCUCUAUCGAGGAGGUAGAAGGACACAUGGUCUUUCUUUUAGGGUUUUAUCUGAAAAUGUGUUAUUCCAUCAAACAAAUAAAGAGGAAAUAGGAGUAUCAGUCCAAGUUUGCUAAUAUCUAUUUAUGAUCUACCCUGCUAUCUCUUUUACUCUUUAUCAAGCUAUGUCAGGGAUUGUUUAUCAUUGUCUUUGUAGCUGUUCGUGAUAAUCGUAUGUGGAGCACAUACUUAAAUAGUAAUCAUGCUCUAAAUCGUGAUGU